CCCCGCAAAAUUACAUUCUCUCGUCCCAUUGCACAACUUGUGGUACUCCAUCAAUCGGAAUUCUUAUGGUAUUUUAUAGCACAUGUCUUACGUUAAAUUACGCCAAGGUGCAUUAGCCAAUCAUCCCUACUAGACAAUACCAAAUCAGAUCUUUUAUAUAAAAGCAAACCUAGGAAGAAUGCGUUCAGUUGGCAUUAUCUAAACCACAAAAAUGUAUAAACUGAUUUUUUUAAGUUUUGUGUUAACAACAGUCUGCGCAGCCCCCGGGUAUGACUUUCAUGGUUUUGGCCCCAUCGUAGCUGCACCCCCAAUUUUCCCAGCCCCAAUCAUUAAAACUCCCAUCAUAGCACCACCUCCUGUUUUUCACGCCCCUGUUGUAAAGGCCAUAGCACCAGUGGCCCCCGUUAUUAAAACCGUAGCCCCGGCCACGAGCUACGCCACUGUUGCCAUCACACAUUCCGCACCAAUAGUAAAGACAUUUUUGGCCCCGCAGCCCAUCUUGAAGAGUUAUUAUCCAGCGCCACUGGCUUUCGGACAUGGGUACCAUUGAACCAUCGCUAUUUAUUUCAUUGUACAUAACUUAUUUUAUACCUAGAAUAAUGUACAAAAAUUUUCGAUAAUAAAUAUUUGCAUUUGAA